AAAGACGAGGCAGGCAGCAACGACCAAUUGUUCUUGCAUAAUGUGAUAUAUAUAUUUUGGCAGUGAAAGCUGCGUAGAUUUUGCACCUGGAUAGCUUUGCAUCGAUGGCAUCUUUUGCUCUUGAAAAACUAGGAAAAUAUUUCUUCACCACCAUUCUAAUUAACUGACAAAGAGAAGAAUUUUGGAAAUGAAACUAGGUUGACACUUGCUCAUUUGGAUGAGCUUAUUUAUUAUAAGUGUCUUUCCUUUCAUGAUAAGCAAUAUCACAUAUACCCACUUCUGUCAAUAGUUACUGAGGAGAAGGGAAACAAUUCAAAACAAUUUGCUCAUGCUUUUUCCUUUUAAACUGAACAUCCAUUUCCUAGCCAGAUCCCAAGAAUGGCUGAGGACUGCAUUUUUCUAGAUACAGAACUCAGUGACUUUAUUCUUUGUAAUGUCUCUACUGAUCAACAUACAAAUUUCUCUUUCUCGGGUGAGGACUUGUUUUAUUACAGAUUCCUAUAUGCAAUUCCAGCUAUUUAUGGGAUCAUCAUUUUGAUUGGGCUAAUUGGCAAUAUCACCCUGAUUAAAAUAUUUUGUACAGUAAAGUCCAUGAGAAAUGUCCCCAAUUUGUUCAUUUCCAGUCUGGCUUUUGGAGACUUGCUUCUUUUGAUCACCUGUGUUCCUGUGGAUGCCAGCAGAUAUUUGUCUCCUGAAUGGCUUUUUGGUCGAGUUGGAUGUAAACUUAUUUCUUUUAUCCAGCUUACUUCAGUGGGGGUGUCAGUUUUCACCCUCAUGGCUCUUUCUGCAGACAGGUAUAAAGCCAUAGUGAGACCAAUGGACAUCCAAGCUUCACAUGCCCUGCUGAAGAUUUGUUUGAAAGCUGCUACAAUUUGGAUUUUCUCCAUGCUGCUUGCCAUUCCAGAGGUUGUGUUUUCAGACUUGCGUCGUUUCUAUGACAAGGGCACUAAUAAAACAUUUAUUAGUUGCACACCUUACCCACUUACCAAUGAACUGCAUCCGAAAAUUCAAUCCAUGGCUUCCUUUCUCAUCUUUUACAUAAUCCCCCUGUCUGUUAUUUCAGUAUAUUAUUAUUUCAUUGCAAAAAAUCUGAUUCAGAGUGCUUACAAUCUACCAAUGGAAGGAACUAUUCAGGUUAGAAAGCAGAUGGAAUCUCGGAAACGCCUUGCCAAGACAGUGCUAGUUUUUGUCUGUAUCUUUGCAUUCUGUUGGCUCCCUAACCAUAUCAUCUACUUAUAUCGGUCAUACCAUUAUUUAGAAGUGGAUACAUCUGUCCUGCAUUUUAUCACUUCACUUUGUGCUCGAAUAUUGGCAUUUAUUAACUCUUGCAUAAACCCUUUUGCCUUGUACUUGCUCAGCAAAAGUUUUCGGAAACAUUUUAAUCAUCAGUUAUCUUGUUAUAAAACCCGUCUUCUCAUUCGAUCCCGGAGUACAGGCAGAAGCACCACCCGGAUGACAUCUUUCAAGAGCACCAACCAGCAGUCCAUGAUCACCUUCAGUUUUAUUAAUGGCAACCACAACUGCCAUGAAGAAAAUGCACAGAUUAGGUCAUCUGGACCCUUCCAAGCAGCUUGGACUUCAAUUCCCACUAUUUCUAGCUAGUAUGCCAGCUGGAUAUCAUGGGAACUGUAUUCUAAUACAUCUGGAGCAUAGAAAGAUGUUUAAUGGUGCCUGCUAGACUGAAUGCCAAUUAGAUGCUGCAAAAAGCCCAUCUGCUACAUGAAGCAUGAAUCUUUCU